AUGCGUUUCCAAUCGUCAAUUGUUGCUCUUGUUGCUCUUGCCGGGUUUUCAUUUGCCCAGGAUGUCAGCGUCGCGGACGUGAAAGCUGCGUUCGACACUGCUCGUAUCCCAACGAGCUUGAACCUCGCCUUUGAGCCAACCGCCCUUCUGACCGUAUCGUUCCCGCAGCCAAACGGUACCCCUGUGGUCCUCACGACCGGUGCUCGUAUCCCCCGAGCCUCCACCGCCGGACCCCCACAAUACAAAGUCAACGGGACCACCACCUCCGGGCCAUUCGUUAUCGCCAUGGUCGACCUCGACGCCCCGACGCCGCAAUCCCCGACUUGGUCCCCGAUCCGGCACUACCUCGGCGGCGGAUGGAGCGCGAACAAUGCCGCAGACCCUGGCGUGCUCACGACGACCACUGCAGCGGUGACGGCGUGGUUUCAGCCCUCACCUUCGGGGACAGAUCCUCAUCGAUACGUCUUCCUGUUGUUCAACCAAUCUCCUGAAUUCGUCACCCAGCGCCAGGUCACAGCUCAAACUUCCAUCGUCAGCUGGAACCUCGCCACCUUCGCCCAGCAGGUGGCUCUCGGCAGCCCAAUCGCAGGAACCUUCAUGCUCGUUAGCGCACAGUGA